AUGGUAAAUGACCUUUUGAGUUUUAUUAAAAAUAGUGUUCCAGAGACUGAGUCGCUGUUGUAUGCUGAUGAUCUUGUUAUCAGGUCCACUGGCUCUGACAUUUCUAUGUUGGAGAAAACACUAAAUUUGGCUUUAGAGGCUCUGACAACCUGGACCCUGGACAAUGAGUUCAAAGUAAACCCGGAAAAGACAAAUUUCGAACUGUUUACACUUAGUAUCAAAACGUUUACUGUUGACCUGGUGUACAAAAGCAGUGCAUUAACUCGAACUGAUUGUGCUACCUACCUAGGCAUAACUCUUGAUACCAGACUAACUUGGAAUAAGUACAUUGAACAAGUGACUGACAGAGUGGUGGACCGCCUUUGCCUAUUGAAACGUCUUGCUGGAAUAAAGUGGGGUUCUUCUCAAAGUGUUCUUUCAUCCACCUUUACAUCUUACAUUAAGCCUGUAUUGGAUUAUGGCUCAGAUGUCCUUAUUACUGCCUCUGAUAGCACACUUUCAAAACUCGAGCUCGUUCAAAAUAAAGCAACCACUGGUGCUGCGGUGUCCACCCCUAUUACUGCUAUGCAGCUACAGACAAAAAUUUUUAAUUUAACUGACAGACGAAUUAAGGCUUCCCUUUCUCUCGCUGAAAGAUUAUUGAGAAAAGAGCAUUUCUGGUAUGAUUACAUUCUUCCGCAUACUAGACUAAAAUCUCAACAUUCUUUUCUUUUUGAGUGCCAAAGACUUGCAGAGGCCUUUGAGGUAUCCAACUCCAGACUUGGCAUCUAUAGACCAUCUUCUUAUACUGGCCUUCUGAGAUAUGCUGCAGCUAGGUUUGAUCUGGUACAGCCUGUCAAGAAAUCAGAUUCUCAUCACACUGAGAUGUACUCCAUUGCUUUGGCCACAAUACACGAGAGGUACCCUGAUCAGGAUUGGUUUAGGGUUUAUACUGACGGAUCGGCCACUCCUUCAGCUGGUAGAGCAGGUGCCGGUGCCUACUCCAAACAUUUUAGUCUUCAAGAGCUUCUCGACACUUGGGCGGAUAACUUCGAUGGAGAAAUGAACGCAAUUUUUAUGGCCAUCAGAUCUAUUGGAGAACCAGCUGAACAAAAUGUUGUUCUCUUUGUUGAUUCUCAGGCUGCAAUUCAGACCAUUACUGAUUACAAUCUAUAUCCUUCAGAACUUGAGCUUGAGUCUAAAAAAUCCAUUGACUCUCUUUUGCGUUCCGGAAGAGAGGUUGUCUUCCAGUGGAUCCCAGGCCAUUGUGGCAUCUAUGGAAAUGAACGAGCGGACAUCUUGGAAGAAGCUGCCUCUCUGCAUCCACCUUCUCGCCCGGUUCCAAUUAGAAACGCUAAGCGACUUCUCGCAGGCAAAAUCCAACAUGCUACAGUCUCUGCAGUGAGGAACAAAGCUGACGGAAAGCCCUGGGCUUGCCUUCUGGAUGAUGAACAGCGUACGCGCCUUCCUCUCCUUCCCAGAGCCCUGGGAGUUGCUUUUUUCCGAACCAUUACUGGACAUGACUAUCUACAGGCCCAUUUACAUAAAAUCAACCUGGCAGAUUCACCUCUCUGUGUGCUCUGUGAGGGGACUUCUCCAAUGACAGGGGAGCAUCUGUAUAGUUGCUCCUCUCUUCAUGAUAUUCAUAAUUGUGAUGACUUCCAGGCCCUAACACCCUUUGAAGCCACUUCAUUGUUAUACUGGACAGCAAGACGCCUUAUGUUUGAAAGAACGAUGGUGGGCAUAAUGCACUACUUCAAAGCUGCUUUGAUUUCGGCCGGGCUUCUUGCCGGGACGGCCGCGGUUGCAUACCUCUACAAGAGAUGGAAGCAAAACUGUGAUGAUGAUACACAGGAACCAUUUGAUAUUCGCAACAACUAUGAUAGUGCUAGAAUCAUGAAUGAAGAUUAUCUUCUUGUUCCGCUUGUAGAAAUGCGGUCAAGUGAACAAAUGGUGCAAAGUAUGCGCACCACAUUGAAUAAUUUUCGAGCAAGACUAGACCCAAAUGAAAAUCUUUAA